AUGGCUCGUCUCACACUGGGGAGACCGGCCACGGCCAUGUCAGAAGGCACAUCUGUUACAAGGAUAGCAAGCGCUGCGAGUCAAGCGAAGCAGAGGUUGAGGAGAGUAGCUAUCGUCAAUUGCCUUUCGGUUGAAGGGUGUGCAAGGAGCGAGCAAGAGCAAGCGUUUCCCGCCGUGUUCUCGGAAGCGGUGAAUUCCAGUAGGAACACUGUCAACGAGUGGAAACAUUCGGCAUCGACCUCGCCUCGGCAAAAUUGGGUUGGAGCAACCAAACGGCGCUGA